ACUCGAUAUCCACGCCUUAAGGUGGGUCCCGUUCUGAACGGUGUGCUGCGGAUCAAUACGUUAACCGACGACGUUUUGUUGUCAGUACAAAUACAUUGCUCUCGAACAUACAGUAUGUUGUACCUACAGCAGUGACCGUUUUAUUUUAUUUUUUCACCGGUAUUAUCACUUGGCAAAUUGCAGUGAUUAAAUGAACUGCGAGCGUGUUGGAGCAACGAAACGACUUGUGUUAUGGGAGACACAGAGAAGUCCGAUAAGCGGUGGGCUGCUGUAAAUGGCGAGCUUGCGCUACUUUGACAGCUGUCCUUUUAUAAUACAUCGCCGGUGAGAACCUGUCUCUGUCAAAUAGAUCAAUUUAACAUACAGUCAUGCCUGGGAAGCUGAAGGCCAAGAUAGUGGCUGGGCGCCACUUACCUGUCAUGGACCGAGCCAGUGACCUUACUGAUGCUUUUGUGGAGGUCAAGUUUGGAAACACAACAUUCAAAACAGACGUAUGUCCAAAAUCGCUAAAUCCACAAUGGAACUCUGAAUGGUUCAAAUUUGAGGUUGACGACGAGGACUUGCAGGAUGAACCGUUGCAGAUUACAGUGUUAGAUCAUGACACGUACAGUGCUAACGAUGCCAUUGGAAAGGUUUACAUUGACAUUGACCCACUGCUUUGCAGCGAAGCUGCUUCUGUCAUCUCUGGCUGGUUUCCCAUAUAUGAUACUAUUCAUGGUAUUCGAGGGGAGAUCAAUGUACUUGUCAAAGUUGAGCUCUUCAAUGAUUUAAACCGCUUCAGACAAUCUUCCUGUGGCGUUAAGUUCUUCUGCACCACGUCCAUCCCACGUUGCUACCACGUAGCCACCGUGCAUGGCUUUGUGGAAGAACUUGUCGUUAACGAAGAUCCAGAAUACCAGUGGAUUGAUCGAAUUAGAACUCCUCGUGCCUCUAAUGAGGCUCGUCAGAGGCUCAUCUCGCUUAUGUCUGGAGAGCUCCAGAGGAAAAUUGGACUCAAAGUACUGGAGAUGGGUGGGAACGCAGUGGUGGGCUACCUGCAGUGUUUUGAUCUAGAGGGAGAGUCAGGCCUUGUGGUUCGAGCAAUCGGCACUGCAUGUACGCUGGACAAACUGAGCUCCGGGAGUGUCUCCAACACCAACACCAACACCCAUGUGCAUCCCACUGCAGCAGCUGCGCCGUCUCACCUUGCCCACGGAUGCCGCUCAACCCACAACAGCCCAGUGCAUUCAGCCUGCAAUUCCCAGAGAUUGACGCAGAACUUCUCUGUUUCUGUUCCCACGCUCAUCUUCACUGGUAUGCGAGAGUCAGGCGAAGUUUCAGAUAGAAGGGCAGAGACGGUAUUUGGUGAGGAGGUGCCCUUGUUCUCCGUCCCACCCACCCCUUUCAGAGCCCUUCCCUCCUCCUCUCCUCCCCCCUUCACUCCCUCCAAGCCAUGCAGCCGCCAGUCAUCAUCCUCAGACACUGACCUCAGUUUGACGCCCAAGACAGAGAAGCCCCUGCAAGUGAGACAUAGGCCUGGCAUCUACUUCUGCCCCAGCUCCCCCACCCUCCCCACAGACACUCUAUCCUUUGCUGGUUCUGAUGCAGUAGUCUGUGGUCAUGGCUCCGGCCACAGAAUCACCAACCCGCCCCUAUCUCCUAUCUCCUACAAUCAAUCAGACUCUGCUCUGCUGAGAAAGAGCGUGUCCUUCAAUGAGGACCUGCUGCUGGCAGCCUCUGGUAUGGGCAGUGGGGGCAGUGCGGGAAAGGAGGCAGGACCUCUGAAGAUGCUUCUUCGACAACAGACGCAGACAGCUCUGGAACAGAGGGAAUUUCCAUUCUUCACCUUGACAUCUUUCCCAGCUGGGUUUCUAGUCCAUGCUGGCGGAGUGGUCAGUGCUCGCUCUGUCAAACUUCUAGACCGGAUACAUAACCCUGAUGAGCCCGAAACGCGCGACGCCUGGUGGGAGGAAAUUCGCCAAGAGAUCAAAUCACAUGCCAAAGCUCUUGGCUGCCACGCUGUUGUCGGGUACAGUGAGAGCACGAGUAUCUGUGAGGAGGUCUGUAUCCUCUCGGCAUCGGGCACAGCCGCCAUCUUGAAUCCUCGGUACAUGCGAGAAGGCUGCCUUGACUUUGGAAACACUGAUCACAGGUUUGAAGAUCCAUCUCCCCGAAGCUGUGGAUUCUGCCACAUCCCAUACGAUGAGCUUAACAUGCCAUUUCCUGCUCAGCUCACGUUGUGUCAACACUGCAGACAACAAAAGGUCCCUGAUGUGCUAUUCACAACAAUUGACUUGCCACCUGAAGCAGCUGUCACUGGGAAGGGGUGCUUUGUACAGGCCAGGCUGUGUCGACUGAAAAAAAAAGCCCAGGGCGAAGUGAACGCGACCGCCAUCUCUAACCUGCUGCCUUUCAUGGAAUAUGAGUUGCACACGCAGCUGAUGAACAAACUGAAGUUGCACAGCAUGAAUGCUCUCUUUGGUCUACACAUACAAAUUAGUGUUGGCGAGAAUAUGCUCCUGGGCCUGGCUUCGGCCACCGGAGUAUAUCUGACUGCACUUCCAGCACCAGGGGGAAUUCAGAUUGCUGGGAAAGCGCCUAUUGAUCUAAGCAAUGAGCAUCACAUCUUUACCAUCCAGAAAAGGAUCAAUGACACCAUAGCCAAGAACAAAGAGCUUUACCAGAUCAAUCCUCCGGAACUGACAGAGGAAGUGAUUGGUUCUCCAAUUCCAGAGCCGAGGCAGAGGUCCAGACUGUUUCGCUCACACUCGGAGAGCUCCGAUGAAUUGUCAGAACUGGAUCUCUCCCAUGGCAAGAAGGAUGCCUUUGUCCUGGAGCUUGAUGACACAGAUGCUCUGGAGGACAUCCACUCUCUCCUCACCGAUGCCCCUCCACCCAAUGGUUUCUUUAGUUGCAACACUGAGAUUAUGCCGGGGAUCUACAAGUGGACUUCAGCCGUGCAGAUGUUUACGUCAGUGCGGGUCUUCAGGUUGAGUAAUGUCAAUCUUACUAACCAGGGCCUCAACAAGAUUUUCACUGACCUGUGUGAAGAUCUGCUCAAGAGUUUUUACUUUAAGUUGAGGUCUUUGAUCCCUUGCUGCCUUUGUCAUCUGAACUUUACCGUAGCAGUGCCAGAAGAGGAACUUAUACAGGUAGCGGUGACAGCGGUUGCCAUGUCUUAUGACAAAGAACAGACACACGAGAAGCCAGUUGACAAGCUUAUCAUCAGAGGGAACAGCGAGACCGAGGAACAGCUUCAGUUUCCGAUGGAGUUGUGCGCCGACUCCUCGUCCGUCAAUAUGCAGACAUCUAAGUUCUCAGGUGUUCCAGAGAGUUCCAGCAUCUCACAUCGAGACGGUUAUUCUGCAAUACUCCCAAACCUCAUCCACUUUUGUUUUGUUUUUUUUGUUCUUCUAUUUUUUUUCUUUGUCUCGAUGUCGUUACUGUUGUUGUGUAUGUACGGGGGUGUGCGUGCGUUCGUUCGUUCAUGUGUGUGUGUGCGUGUGUGUUCUUUAGCUGCCUCCAUUGAUUACGGUUCCUUUGCAGACAGAUGCACUACCUGGCUAGAGCUGCUUAGACUGAAAGCUCACACCAUAAGACGAGGAUCAGUUAAGACAAUCUCAUCCAUGGAUCGCUGCAGUCCGCUACCCGAGGGACGUUCCCGCUCACUGCGCUCCAACUGCUCAUUUGGCGGCAGCACAGUAACUGUUGUGAAGAUGACGCCUCUGUCCUUCCUUCCUGGGACGCGAAUCAUCAAAUAUCUUGGGAUUAUCAACAUGUUCUUUAUUCGAGAAACGACUUCCUUACGUGAGGAAGGUGGCGUCAGUGGCUUCCUGCAUUCGUUCAUAGCAGAGGUUUUCGCGAUGGUUCGAGCUCAUGUAGCAGCCCUGGGUGGUAAUGCAGUGGUGUCCUACAGCAUGAAGGAAUGCGUGUUAAUGGAGAAUCCAAACAAAAACCAGGCCCAGUGUCUAAUCAACGUCAGUGGAGAUGCUGUCAUCUGCGUUUUGGACACAGAUCAGGAGGUCACUCCCACACCAACAACCGUCACACAGACCUGCGGUAUAGGAGCUGAAGGGACUGCGUAACAGUGAUCCGGACAGUGACAUUUGGAUCCGGAUUGACAGCCAUCAACAAGUCAGGCAUGGGCAAACUAAGGCCCGAGGGGGCUGGAUUGAUGGGGAUGCGGCCUUGAUGCAUGACUUUUACAUGUCAUUUAUCUUAGUUUAUACGAACGGUCCGUCUAUCUGCACCUGACCCAGUCUCCGUUGUUCAAUUUUAGGACAGUUGUGGCCUGUGAGUCAAAAAAAUGUGCAAGUUUUCCCAUGCCUGGUCUAAGUAGUUUGAUCUGGUGUAGACAGCAAUAACUUCAAGUUGAGCCGUUACAGUUAAUAAACCUAAUGCUUCCUCGGAUCUUGUUAAACAAACAAGUAAACCAAAAAAAAAAAAAUUAUUUAAAAAAAAAAAACAACAAUCUUUUUUUAAAUGCUUAAACUCCUGUUCAUAUUAGUAACCAUAACUUAUCUCUGUAAAUCCAUUCUAUUUUUGUUCAUGUGUCUAACUAGUCAAAAACAGCCUAAACAUUUUUGACAAAUUAAAGCCAAGAGUUAGCCAACCAUACAUGGUCACAGUUGUCUGAACUUGAAAAAAAAAAAAAAAAAAAAAAGGCGUUUCAAGAAUGACUAUUGUGAGCCAUCAUUGUCAGAAGUGUCCAAAAGUGUCUUGAAACCAGUGAGGACAGGUGUCGACACCUGGUCUGAAAAGACGUCCUCUGUCUGAGUGAGCGAGCAUGUAAACAAGCCGUCCAAUGCAUGCCAUAACGCUUUGUAAAAGAUUCAAAUAUAUUAAAAAAAAAAAACAGAUCAUAAAAAGGACACAUGACUCAUGCAUAACAUAAAAUGGUAUAAAAAUGUCUUCGUUUUUUUCUUUUUUUGUUUUGUUGUUUAAGCAAAGCAAUUGUGAGUGAAAUUAUACUGACGUAGAUCUGGAUCUGAAAGUAUUAGGUCGAAUGCCAGCCAAAUGAUUGUCAGCCAUUUUAUCUUACGUUUUACUGCCAUUCAUUCUGUUGUGACUCAGUCGGCCACAUACACAAACAAUUGAGAUUGUACCUGUGCUACGGUGGCGGUGACAAGUAUUUUCAGUUACAAACUAUUAGGUGAUUACAAGCAGAAAAAAUAUUUUUCUGUGAAAUGUCGUUACAGGGAUGACAUGAUAAGAGUUGUCAGGAUUAAUAUAUCUACAGUGGCCCGAACUGUUAAGACCUCAACCUUCUAAUGCUGGAUCCUGAUGUGAAGGGUGAAGACGAACUUCAGGAUUAGCUAAGUACAAAUACAAGUCAUGCUACAAAGUCAGAUUACAACCACGUUUUAACUUGUGUUUGAAUAUCUCAUUUAUGCUUUUUUACUUGACAAGCCAUGACUUUAGACUGUUUUAUUUCAAAGUUAUUUUAAACCUAACGGUAUGUGGAGUUUAUGUCUAGACAUGUUAACAAAAAACCAAAAUAAAGGAAAAAGGGAGGGAGGAAAAAAAAAA